AUGGCGGCGUUGGCGUUCCUGGCCCGAGGUGGCGGGGCGCCCAGGGCACUGGCCUUUGGGUGCCUCCGCCGACUGCACACGGUGUACCAGACAGCGGAGCUGCCAGAAACCCACCAGAUGCUGCGUCAGACGUGCCGGGACUUCGCAGAAAAGGAGCUGAUGCCUCUCGCAGCUCAGCUGGAUAAGGAGCACCGCUUCCCGGCCGAGCAGGUGAAGAAGAUGGGUGGCUUAGGGCUGCUGGCUAUGGAUGUGCCAGAGGAGUACAAAGGAGCAGGCCUCGACUACCUGGCCUAUUCCAUUGCCGUGGAGGAGAUCAGCAGGGGCUGCGCGUCCACGGGUGUCAUUAUCAGCGUCAAUAACUCUCUGUAUUUAGGGCCAAUACUCAAGUUUGGCUCUGAAGAACAGAAGCACAAGUGGAUUGCUCCCUUCACCGGUGGAGAGAAAAUCGGAUGUUUUGCCCUUAGUGAACCAGGAAAUGGCAGUGACGCGGGUGCGGCAUCCACGGUGGCACGCCUGGAUGGUGAUGAGUGGGUUCUGAAUGGCACCAAGGCCUGGAUCACCAACGCCUGGGAUGCCUCCGCCACCGUGGUGUUUGCUACUACGGAUAAAUCCCUGAAGCACAAGGGCAUUAGCGCGUUCCUGGUUCCCAUGCCAACUGCUGGGCUGUCACUGGGGAAGAAAGAAGACAAGCUGGGAAUCCGAGCCUCUUCCACUGCCAACCUGAUAUUUGAGGACUGUCGGAUACCCAAGGCCAACCUACUGGGGCAGCUGGGAAUGGGCUUCAAAAUCGCCAUGCAAACUCUGGAUGCAGGAAGGAUUGGUAUUGCCUCACAGGCUCUUGGAAUAGCACAGGCAGCUCUGGACUGUGCUGUGGAUUAUGCUGAAAAGAGAAUGGCCUUUGGGUCACCCAUCACAAAGCUACAGGCAGUGCAGUUUAAGCUAGCAGAUAUGGCUGUGGCGUUGGAGGGUGCGCGCUUGCUGACCUGGAGAGCCGCUAUGCUGAAAGACAAUGGGAAGCCCUUCACAAAGGAAGCGGCGAUGGCCAAACUGGCUGCAUCAGAAGCUGCAACAGCCAUUGCUCAUCAGGCCAUCCAGAUCUUGGGCGGGAUGGGCUACGUGACGGAGAUGCCAGCAGAACGCCAUUACCGUGACGCUCGUAUCACUGAGAUCUAUGAGGGGACCAGUGAGAUCCAAAGACUGGUGAUAGCAGGUCAAUUGCUGAAGGCCUACCGUAGCUGAAGCAGCCGACUAGAGCAAGACACUGCCCCAAAGUGCCUUGUAACGGUGCACAACAGUGAUCGAGUCUUGGCCCUCUUGAACGAGGCUAAUGAUGGAAGUUUUCCUCACCAAUGAGUAACUGACCCUCUUGUUAAAAUGUGCUGAUUCUUCUUUGGACAAAGUAUGGUGCAUGGAAGGCCGCAUCGAGAUCUGUAAGUGAUGGCUGUGCGUGCAGGAGGGAGGAGGCAACCUGUCCUUGUAGGGGAGCAUAGGUCUUUUCCUAAACUGGAGCGUUGUUUUGGUUUGGUAGCAGCAAAAUGACUGCUGUUCAGUAAAGUCAGCAGCUCUCCUUGUGCGCUUCCCAGCCGCUGCCUGUUCUGCAAAAACUUGUCACUAUGUGGUACUGGAUAACCAGCGCCAAAGUUAGAGGCACUGAGAGACGUGACCCCUGUGCCAGGCUGCAGGUUACACUGCCUCUUCUGCUCAGACUGGAAUGAAUUCCAGGUGUGGGAUGCAGCUAUGUGUGAGCUCCUAACUGGAUACAGGCUGUGCUGAGGUAGUCGUUGCAGCAGUGCACUUUUCCCCAGUUUCAGCAGGAGAGGAGCCAGACGGGAGGACACAGGUACUAUAUACACACCAAGGGCUCUUCGUACAGGCUGUGGUUGCUGUCUGUGUAGAUAUAAAAACACAGAUCAGAAACCCCGCCUCGAUCUUGGCCAGCAGCGCCCAGCAGCCUGCUCACUCAGCCACUUACAGAUGUAGGUGUAAAAGCAAAGGACAGAAAAGCUGCAAUCCCCGAGACUGAUUUAAAAAAAAAAAACAAAACAAAACCACAAAAAAACUCUGCUCCCCAAGCUGCUUUUACUAUACCAACAACUGCCCAACAGGAAAGAAAGUGCAUGAAGUGGCAGUAGCAGCCUUUAAUCUCUACAUGUUUUGGGCAACAAGGAGGAAAUGAACAGAUGACACAGAAAACCUUACCAGGAAGCUUUAGCAGUAGCACAUAUCCUCAAUGAGUUAUCUUUGGCAAGAAAUUAACUUUUAGAAGUUUCAACAGCCAAAAGAAAAGCUCUAAACUCAGGAAAAGAUGGAGAGUAUUAAGACUACAGCCUGUAUGGUCCGCCUCCUUGUCCAAACGACGAGUACACUAGAGGUAAAUGGUUAUUUUCCUGUGGUGCCAUUUAUUUAGAUUUGUGUGGAGACAAAACCAGCAGGAUUCUAUUACACCUGAGAGAGCAGAGAAGACCAAUAAAACCUGAUUUUAAAGGACCACCAGUCCCCACUUUUUUUUUAUGCAAAUGUGAAUUCAUUUAGAAUAUUUUCUUCCAGUCACAAGACACAGGAGCAUAAACCACUAGGGCCUGCACUCACCAGUUAGCUAACACUCUGAGGUGCAGUGGGUGUUCGCUAGUGCAGACGUCCCAGCAAUAUAAAUAAUCCCUCUGCAUGUCGCUAGAGAGCAACUGCACGUUGGGGCAAACUCUUCAAGUCUUGAACUUCUUGCUCUCACAAACCUAAGGAUUAACAGAAACAGAGCCAGGCAGUGCAUUCAACAGGGGUAUUCCUACUGGAAGACCAUUCUAAUGACUCUGAAUGUGUUGUAAAUUAUGGAGAGCUAGGCAUGAGAGACACUUUCUAGCUUGAUUUCAGCCCGUAUCACGGCUUUGAUGAUUGCUGAAGGUUCAUUUCUGUGAUUGUGUGGGAGGAAGAAGUGAUACUA